GACUAACCCACACCAUGGAACCACACGCUUCACAGCAAAACAGCACCGACCAUGAACAAUCCCCAGUUGUCAGCAAACCCCUGCGACAAACCCUCCUCGCCCCAUUCAACCCCGCAACCGCAACCGCAACCGCAGAAAAGCUCUGCACAGCACCAAUAGAAUACACCCAAUCCCUCCCCGGCAAAAACACCCUCGCCAGCUUCAUCGACAGUCUAACCGUAUGGUUCCCCAUCCGCGACGAAUACACCGCACCCCUGCGCGAGAUAACCGCCACCCUCUUCACCACGAUCCUCAUAUUAGACGAUAUAGAAGACUCCUCCCCGCUUCGCCGGGGCCAUCCCUCCGCGCACGCCAAAUUCGGAACCGGACCGACCGUCAACGCAGCCACUUACACCCUAAUGACCCUCACCGCGUCCAUCCAGAAGCAUCUCGGAGCUGAAGCACUGGACAUCUUCCUCGAGGAGAUGCAGAACCUGGGUAAGGGGCAGGCACUCGAUCUCCACUGGACGUGUGUGAGGGAAUGUCCCACGGUGGAGGAGUAUUUGGGCAUGGUGGAUCUCAAGACGGGGAGUUUGUUUCGGUUGGUGGUGCGGUGGAUGGCGCUCGGGGCAGGUCGGGAAGUGGAUGAGGAGGUGGCGGGGUUGGUUACCUUGCUAGGGAGGUAUUAUCAGGUUAGGGAUGAUUUGUUGAAUUUGAGCGGGGAGUAUUGGGUGAGUAAAGGUUGGUGUGAGGAUUUGGAUGAGGGGAAGUUCUCGUUUCCGCUGGUUUGGUUGUUGAGGGUCCAGGCUGGUGAGGUUGGCGAGGAGGUUUAUGGGUUGCUUUUUGGUGAGGCUGGGGGCAGAAGGGAGGCGGGAGGGGUGUCGGAUGAGGUGAAGGGGAGGGUGGUUGAGCUUUUGAAAGGUGCUGGAACGCUGGAGGGUACGGUUAGGGUGUUGGAGGAGAUUCUUGAGGGGAUACUGGCGGUGUUGGGCGGGCUGGAGGGGAGGUUGGGGGUUAAUGCUGGGUUGCGGGGGCUGGUUUCGCGUCUGAGAAUUUGA